AUGCGUAGUAAAACUGUGACACGAACCACCUACAGUAAUGGUUCCGUGAAUACAGUAGCUCCGGAUGUAAAAGCCAAGGCUGUCCAAGAUCUGAAAGAUGUCCUGAAGCUUACCACUAUCAACAGGUUGUUGACUGCUAGUUAUGAUGAGGAAUCGAAAAAUAUUGAGCGCAAAAUCUUCUCCGCCGUCUAUCAAAUGACAAAAGUGGGUUUGAUUGAUCGCGAGAAACGUGAGAUCAAUGCGAUUUGGUUCUCAUUUGUUGGCCUCAGCGCUCAGAACAUUCGGCACUUGGAAAUUUGCUCAAUCACUGAUUUCAACGCUUUGUUCAGCAUCACAAAUCAAGAGUUACGAUCGCUUGCGGAUCGUGGUCGCCUUGAUGUGGAGACCAAACGUAAAUUGUUGCAAUCUACUGUGAUCUUGCAGAAUCACUGGAACGACCUAUACAGCAGUACAUCGACUGACGACGCACCACCGGGACCAUCCACACCUGCGAUAGUCACACCAAGCCACCAAUUCAACGUUCCAUCACUAUCAGUGACUGGUGUCAAAAUGAUCCAAUCGUCUAGUAUGGGUUUUGCCACGGCACCAAAAUCACCAAAAACGGCAUCUAGGUCGAUACAUAAUAUACCACACAAAUGGCACCGCUCAACUAAACUCCGGUGGAGUGGAGACGGUGUUUGUCAUUUCUGCCAGAGGCCUCUCGGUUUUGGAAUUCUCAACGCAUGGGAAAAGUGCCGGUCUUGCAAAUGGAAAGUGCACACCCAAUGCAAAGGACGUGUCGGCGACUCGUGCGGCUUGACGCCCGACCAUUUGCGUUUCCUUUUCGACAAGCUUAUCCAAGAAAAUAAUGGGGGCAUGUGGAAAGACCCUCAAUCUGUGCCGGCCUCUCGGUCCAUGAAUGAGCCCGCCUUUCAAUUUCCGGACACCGCAAUUGAUUCUUCUUCUUCUACAAACAGCUCGGCUCCAUCGACACCUGCACUGCCACUAGGAAUAAACGGAAACGUCAGCUCCCUCACCGCCCCAUACCGCUCGGAAAGAAAGUUUCUCUUCCCGGACACAGAGAACUACUCCGUUCACAACAGACUACCUAUCCUCGUGAUAAGUGAGGGAGAUCAUCCGUCAACGACCGAGAUUCAACAGGAGACGGAGAAUCAUAAUAAAUUGGCUAGCUUGUCGGGCGGCAAUAUUGAGAGUGAAGGUACGAUAGUGGGGAAUCAGGAGGAUUCAGUGGAGAGUCAUCACGACGUGGAAGCAGAUCAAGGUGGGCCGAGUCAGGAAGCGGUUGACAAGUUUAACAAGAGAGCGGACGGCGGAUUCACUUGGGAGCGUCACGCGUGGAAUAUGAGUACGAUCAGAGGGCCAAACGCUCAGGCGAGCUGGAACGAGGUCACCAUCCAACUCGAAACCAUCGAGUUCGAUAAACAAGCCCCAAUAAUUGGACGUGGUCGGUUUGGAAAAGUGCUGCGUGGUUUCCAUUAUGGUGACGUAGCUGUCAAGGUGUACAACAUGGAUCAUAUUUCGGAUCACUCAAAGAGAGCCGAGGAGUUCAAGUUGGAAGUUUCCGCCUAUAAGAACACUCGUCAUGACAACAUCGCUCUGUUUCUCGGUUACUUCAUGAAUGACGGCAAAUACGGAAUGGUGAUGUCUCUAUCCCGUGGCAGUCAGUCUCUUUACACCCUUCUACAUGUCGUCAGAGAAAAGUUGGACAUGGCGACAACGCGAAAAAUUGCGCAGCAAAUUUGUCAGGCAGUAUCGUAUCUACACACAAAGAAGAUUCUUCACAAGGAUCUACGAAGCAAAAAUAUUCUGCUUGAGAGCAAGAAUAAGGUGGUCAUCACGGACUUUGGCAUUCUUUCCAUGAAACGGCUGGCGUAUCCGAGAGGAAAACUAGGAUAUUACACCUCAAGGUUCUGGACCAAUUAUCUUGCACCGGAGUUGGCGAUGGCUAUAAAGACGGAAUAUGAUGAAUACGAAUGUGAGGACUUCCCAUUCACAGAGAGUUCCGAUGUUUAUGCUUUUGGGUGCGUUUGGUUUGAGAUGUUAACAGGAAUGUUAGCAUUUUGUCAUGAAACACCUCACCAAACAUUGUUCGCUAAAAGUCAAGGAGUCCGUCCAGUCCUUCCAAAUGUUAAGUGCACACCAGAGUUGAAGGAGCUUCUGGUGGCCUGCUUCCAUACUGCCCCGCAUGAAAGACCUUCGUUAACCGAUAUCCACGCUAAACUAACCGCUCUACCCAAAAAGCAACGUGUCAAUCGUAGUCCAAGCUUCCCGGUGAUGAUGAAAAGCUACGAGUCAACCUUCUAG